UCGACAACGUCGGGAAAUCACUUGGAGCGCUGGAAUUCCCGUCGAACAUGUGGAUAUCACGUCCUUGAACUCAUCACACAGGCGCCAUGUCAGUCGCGAAGUCAAACGUCGGCUCGCAAGCCCGAUCGUUGUAUCGAUCCCUCCUCCGUCAAGGCAACCAGUUCGCCAACUACAACUUCCGAGAAUAUGCGAAACGACGGACGAGAGACGCGUUUAGGGAGAACCAAGCUAUCACAGAGGAACGCAAGGUACAGGAGAUGAUGCAGAAGGGGCUCCAAGAGCUGCAGGUUUUGAAGAGACAAACGGUCAUCAGCCAGAUGUUCCAGUUCGACAAACUCGUCGUGGAGGGGGGGAAGACUGGAAAGCAAACCGGCCGAAAGGGCGAUAUCGUACGGCAAAAGGAUCAAGGAUGGUUUCGACCAACUGGCCGCUCCGCUAGGUCAGGGCGAGUCCAAGCCGAACACGACGUCUUCGAGGGUCUCCCCGUCCGACAAUGGCGUCAGGUGGAAACAACCGUCGGCGCCCCACCAGGUUCCACAACGCAAUCAAAGAAAAACGCCUGGCCCGAGUUGUCCAUGCCCAGGGAGUCCCAUCUACUUCCCGAACAUUCGCAACAGUUGCUCCGCGCGGCACGGGCGGGUUGGUUAUAUAAGGCGACCCCUGGCGGCGCCGAGGAGGACGAGAAAGAAAAUGAGGAUGAAGAGCCGAAAGAGAGCGAACGUGGCUUUGCGGUGAAGAAAUGGAGCGUUGUUCCUCGCCAUUUGGAAGAACCGGAACGCGAGUACCUUGCGAAACGGAGGAAAGGUCUGGCCACGUCGACAAACGGCUUGAAUAUCGAUGGCAUUGCGGGCGGGCCGAUGAGGAAGACAAAGGUCCAGAAGGCCGACGCCGACGGAAACCUUAAGAUAUACGAAGUGCUUGUGCCCGAGGGCCAGACCGUGGAAGGCGAAGUGUUGAACGAAGAAGCGAUUCCCGAAAACGUACCCGUUGUUGUGCCUCCUGCUGUACCCGGUACAAUUGUUGAGGGCGUUGGUGUAGUGAACGAGGAAGGCUUGGUCGUUGCGGGAGAGCUGCCAGCGCCAGUCAAGAGGAAACCUCCGCCUCCUCGUAGAAAGCCGAAAAGGAGUGGUCCCGGGAGAGGUAGGAAGAAGGUCGUGAUUGAACCGUCUACCGAAAACGCGGGACCAGGCACCGAAGGGGCGGCGGACCCAUCUAAGCUCACCGUUCCGCCUCUUGGCAACGUUGAGUCGUCGAGUGCGCCAUCCGCCGACGGCGAUACACCGAUGGGAGACGCGGGCGAUGAAGACGACGAAGAAAGCGAGGACGGCGAAGAAGGAGAUAAGGAUGACCGAGAAGAUGGGGAGUUGUCGUCAGGCGUCGAGGAUGGUGAAGGUGCGACUGAAGUGCCUACGAUCCCGGCAUCCGAACAACCUCCUAGUAUUGCUAUCUCGCGGACUUCCCCCGAUGUAGCUCCUUCAACACAUUCGUCUAGUCAAACAGGUGGCGUCAUCACAUCUGACGCUAUGUUGACACAACCCACAGAUUCGGACCUUUUACCUUCGAACCCAUCUUCCGACAUCAACCUCUCCAGUUCCGCAACCAAUCUUCUAGUCACCUCGGAUACCGACAUCCCGAUGACGUCCGGUCUGACCCCACCAAAUAAAAGCGAACCGUCGAAAUCCAACUCCCCCGAAAUGCCCCUAGCCGAGACGCAAGACAGUCAAGGACCUCUACGGGAGGAUAUCUCGGUCACUCCCACCACCUCCGAACAACCCGAACCGCCAUCCGAAAAGGUCGCAUCACCUGUUGUGCCGGAGACCGAGCCGAAGCAGGAGGACCCCGUGGAUGAAUCCGCCCCCGCAGCUGCUGAGAUUUCGGAUCCAGAGACAAAGCCGGGCGCGUUGGUGACCCAGACUGUGGAAGAGACGCAGGAGGCUAUCGAGAUAGUCAGCAAGCCUGCCGCCGACAGUCCGGACCUUUUUGGGAGCUUAGAAAGGCAUCUUGCCGGUGAAAGCGCCGAGGAGCCUAGCGAUGCUGCGGUGGAAACGACGGUUGCGGAUGCGAUGGGAGAGACGGCAGCGCCUCCGGAGGUAUCGGAGGCCCUUGAAGAGGAGAUCGCUAGUAAGGCUGUAGCAGAAGAAAAAUCCGGGAGCAAGGAUGCUGGGACUGCAGGGGAGGGGGCAUGAGUGCGGGUUAUGUCAGUCUCGAAACCCGAUUAUGUAAAAAUAUGAUUGUCUACUCACAGGCGAAAGGUAGACUUUGGAUAGUGUCGGUGUUACUGUCUAGCAAAUCGCGGGGGCGUUGUAGGAAUCUGGCCUUGUUUACUGAUGGGAUUCACUCCAGGGAGCAGAUAGCUUCUCAACGCAUUCAACGUUAGCGUGACGAAACGCUCAAAAAUGGUAGCUUAUUGUAUGGCUUGCGCAUCCUGGCCGUUUCGCCACACCCUCUGCAGC